AUGAGUGACACCAAGUCUGUUUUAACACCAUUGUGUCCCAACACCAAGCUGUCACUUGAUUGUACUUUAGAGCCAGUUCCUUCAACACUAUACAGAUCUAUCAUUGGGAGUCUACAAUAUCUCAUAGCCUCAAGACCUGAUAUAAUGUACUCAGUGGGGUUGGUAGCAAGGUUUCAAAGUAAUCCAAAAAUGUCUCAUCUUCAAGCUGCCAAACGAAUUCUUAGAUAUAUUAAGGGUACAAUCUCUUAUGGUUUACACUACACUUACUCACCUAUAAUGUCUAUAGCUGCCUUUUCAGAUGCUGAUUGGGGUGGAUCCUUACCUGAUAGAAAAAGUAUAUCUGGUUGCUGUUACACUCUUGGUUCUAAUGUUGUCUCUUGGCUCAGUAAAAAACAAGACACAAUCUCUUUAUCUACUUCAGAAGCUGAGUAUAUAGCUGCUUCUCAGGCUGGCUUACAAUUGCUUUGGAUGCAGUCUACCUUGACAGACUUUGGACAUCACUUUUCUAUGCCUCCCAAGCUCUUUUGUGAUAAUCAAAGUGCCAUUGCCAUCAGUAAAAACCCCACCUUGCAUUAG